AUGUGCAAAAAAGCCACGAUAGGCGCCAACACGCUGGACGUAGCCGAGAUGAAGGCCAAAAUUCGGAGCUCCAAACUGCACGUGCUAACCUUCGCAACCCAUGAGCAAGGGUACUUCAAAACGUUGAAGGAAAGUUGCUCCCGUUUGAACAUAGAACUGACUGUUCUAGGCAUGGGCAAAAAAUGGGAAGGGUUCAUAACAAAAUUGGUAAAAGUAAAGGAAUACAUAAAAUCGUGCAACGACAACGACAUCGUCCUUUUUGUGGACGGGUUCGAUACAUUUUUCGUUCAGCCAGCUAAUGUAAUUGUGGAAAGGUACAUAAUGAAUUACGAUAAUUUAUUUGUAUGCACAAGCGAAAGCACCUAUUCGAAUAGCUUCUUCCUUCUACGGAUUAUUGAAAAUAUGCAUUUAAUUUUUCACAACAGCAUUUUUAAAAAUAAUGACAACACUGAAUGGGAUUCCAUGAGGAUUCGAGACAAAUAUAAAGGCUUCACUUAUUUUUAUAAAAAUUUAAAUUUAUUAAAUUCCGGCGGUUGGAUAAGUAAUGUCUUCUUAGCCAAAAAAAUUUUGCAAUACAUCCCAUCCUUUAUUGAGAACGAUCAGAUUUUCCUCACCAACUUGUACUUAGACUGCAACUAUUUGAUGAAGCUGCAGAAGGAUAGCCCUACACACGGAGAGAAAAACGCACUUCAUAGUUGCAUCCCUCAGGAGAAUGCGAAAUAUUACAACAGAAUUAUCGUUGACAAUCACAACAUUAUUUUUCAUUUGUUUCGAAGCAAAGGGAACGUGGCUCUGAUGAGCUACCAGGACUCUGUGCAGUUUUUUCCUUUUCGCCCGUUGCUCAGCGUGUACUACCAGAACAAGCAAGGAAACGCGGAGGCCAAAAAAAAUAUAAAAAUUGGACAAGCUAGCCAAACGGAGGAAAAAAAUAUAAAAAUUGGACCGGCUAGCCAAAAGGAGGGAAAAAAUAAAAAAAAUGGCCAAGCUAGCCAAACGGAAGAAAAAAAUAAAAAAAAUGGCCAAGCUAGCCAAACGGAGGAAAAAAAAAAAAAAAAUUCAGUCUUAUCCUCCAUAGUGGAAUUUUUAAAAAAAAAAAAAAGCCAAGGGAGAGAGUUAACAAAAAACGAAAUAGACGCACACCAACGGACAGAGUCCCACACCCUUGGCAGGGGGAAUACUCCGAAAGGAACCUCCCCUGGGAAGCAUCAUACCGAUGCACACGCAGUCACAUGGAUGAAGCAGAAGACCAUUCUGGACGAAGUGUACAUGGAUGAAGGGCAAAGGAAAAUCGGUCAGAUAGAAAAAACAUUCAAUUACUCCAUAAUUGACACGCACACACACACCUCCCCGUGUGUUCUCCACAUGCACUGUCUGCGAAAUGUGGACGAGAUAAUUCGCACCAUGGGAUUGAAAAAUAUAUACUCAGCCAAAUGGUACAGCAAUAUAUGGUACCUCUUUUACAGCCUAAAAGGGACGCUGAAUUUUAAUUAUUUUAGCCUCCUCUUCUCAACGGUGGUCGCGUUUGUCUCGCUACUGCUAAUUCAGGUGAAGUAUCUGCUCGAGUUUAUAAAAUAUAUGGACUCAUCUUUUGGUAUGAACUACAUCGGGCAGGAUAAGUACAUCAACAAGGCGAUGUUUCUGCUGAACGACAUUGGGUACUCUUGUUUUGUUUCCUUCAUAUUUGCCAUUUUGUUUUGGGCCUUUUACAUUUUCAACAAGGCCAUGGGAUAA